AUGGAGCUCGAUUUGGGAGCUAGCGGCGCAGAAUCAGCGCCAGCCACAAAUUCCGACGCCGUGGCAGCGCCAGCGGUGCUCGCCGACGUCGCCGCGCCGGCAGACGUGGCGUACGACCCGCUCCUGGAGGCCGUCGUCGCGAAAAAGUUCCCGGGCUAUGGCAAGGAGCCCUGGAUCGGCGAGGUCAUCGAAGGACCGGACGAGAAGGACCGCUAUUGUUGCUUGUGGGAGAAGGACCAGUCGACGACGUGGCACUCGAGAAAGGUGAUCGAGAAGAUCAUCCUUCGCGCCGCGCCGGAGUUCGGCGCGCCGGCGGCUUCGGCGCUGGAGGUUGUUUCGGCGCCGGAGCCGCCGCCGCCGCCGCCGUCCGCGCCGGAGCCGCCGCCGCAACCCGCGCCGCCGCCGCCGUCCGCGCCGGCGCCGGCGCCGCGGCCGGCGCCGAGGCCGAAGAAGCGGCGGCCGCCGCCGCGGAAGCGCAAGGCGCCGCCGCCGCCGCCGCCGCCGGCGGGCGCCUUCGCCGUGGGCGCGACGAAGCGCCCGCCGCCGGCCCGCGCGCCGCCGCCGCCGGACGACGGCGCGGACGUCUGCUGCGUCUGCGGCGGCCCGACGGUCGACGCGCGGGGCGAGCCCAUGCUCGACGUGCUCAUCUGCGACGGGUCGGACUCGGACGGCGACGAGGAGUGCAAGUUCGAGGCCUACGAGUCCAUCUACGUCGAGGAGGACGCGACGUCGCCGUGGGUGUCGCUCGAGGCCCACGCGCGCGUGCGCGCCGUCGUCGACAACCUGCGCCAGGAGUUCUACGGCGUCGUGUCGGCGGGCCAGAACGUCUGGGUCGGCGAGCGGAGCUGGGACCAGCGGGGCCCCUUCGCGCUGAGCGACCGCGACGCCGCGGAGAUCUACGGCAAGGUCGUCUUCUGGGAGGGCGCGGACGCGGACCUGUCCGCGCGCGCGGGCGGCGACUUCGCGGACCUCGAGGUGUCGGCGCCCGAGGACUGGCUCCGGAAGCCGAGCUCCAUCUCGCUCUUCCCGAGCGGCCGCUGCGGCGCGACGCGCGCGUACCUCGCGGCCGAGAUCUCGAAGCGCGUCGAGGACCGGUCGACGCGCGUCGACGCGCUCCGGAGCGGCGACGCGGCCCUGUCGGCGUCGGACUCGGCGCGCCUGAUCGUCGACAAGUGGCUGCGGUUCUGCGACGCCGCGGCGGAGCGCGUCGACGCGCGGCGCCGCGAGGCGCGCGGCCGCGCGUCGACGCGGUCUUCGGCGUGCACCAGCAGCGGCGACGAGCUCGUCGCGUACCCGGACUGGGCGCCGCAGGCGCGGCCCGGCGCCGUCGCGGAGGUCUACUGCGCCAAGAACGCGUCGGUCCGCUGCAAGCUCCGCGUCGACGUGCUGCGCCGGCUCCUGGACCGCUUCCUCGCCGCGAAGCUCGGGUCCGCGCGCGCGGUGCCCGCGGCGACGCUCGACGACGCGAACGACGAGGCCGAGGCCGCGCUCGCGGCGCGGCCGGGCCGCAUCCCGAAGCGGAAACGGCCGCAGGCCCGCGGCGACGGCGACGACGAGCGGCCGCCGGCCUUCCUGAGCAAGGUCUUCUCCAUGCUGCUGCGCUACGACGACCUCGCGGGCGACGCGGGCCAGCACGGCGCGAUCCCCGCCGCCGUCUUCGACGUGCUCCGGCGCUGGGGCUGCGACGCCGAGUGCUGCGCGACGCCCUUCAACGCGACGCUGGGGAGCUACUGCUCGCCCUUCCGCGACACGGACGCGCCCUUUGGGAGCGUGGGCUCGUUCUUCGCGUUCGAGCCCGCGAGCGGCUGCUACGAGAUCAACCCGCCCUUCACGCUCAACUCCGACGUCGUCGAGCGCCACCUGCGCACGCUCCUCGACGCCGCGGAGCGCGGCGGGCGGCCCCUCAUGUUCGUCAUGGUCCACGCGGCCGCGCACGCGCGCCACGCGCGCGACGGCGCGACGCGGGCGCUUCCCGCGCGCGACGGGCCGUGCGCGCGCUACCUCCGCCGCGACUUCCUGCUCGCCGCGGGGGCGCACCACUACCGCGAGGGCAAGUUCUACGCCCGGGCCCUGCCCCGCGCCUACGUGCCGCCGAUGCCGUCCAUCGUGCUCUUCCUCGCGACGGACGCGGGCGCGCGGCGGUGGCCGGCGACGCGCGAGCUCCAGGCCGGCAUCGAGGACGCGUUCGCCUGGCCGCUGCGGCGGCCUCCGGGUGGCGCGGAGGCGCCGGGGGGGCGGGUGCAGCUCUAAUAGCGAUGCUCGCGGUCGC